UUCUGUUGGCUUAAAUUGGUCACACUGCUUAUCAGCCAAGAAUUGCAUUAGUUUUAAAAAAGUUUCAUAUAUUUAAUUGGAACAUUAGACAGCCAAAUCCGAGAAUUUCGUCGCGGGGCUAAGGGUCAAUGCGCAGUCAGCCCCAGCGGUUGACACCAUAAACGAUAAUCACAAAAGCUGUUCUGCCACUGGCAAAACGGAUGCCAAACUGGCACAUACGGGGAGCAGUAUGCGACGCAACAACUAUCCAUAUCAGCCCCUGAACCACCAGCCAUCGGGACCGAGUCCUGCGAGCCACGAUUCCUUGGAGGCGGAAAACGAGCAGGCGGCGGAGGAGCUAAAACAGAAGAUCGGAGCCCUGAAGUCCCUUACCAUCGACAUAGGAAAUGAGGUGCGCUAUCAGGAUAAACUUCUGCGUGGAAUCGACGACGAUAUGGACCGAACGAGUGGUUUUCUGGGCAACACGAUGACGCGGGUGCUGCGGUUGGCCAAACAAGGCGGUGGUGCCCGCCAGAUGUUGUACAUGUUUGCCUUCGUCCUCGUGGUUUUCUUCAUCCUCUGGAUAACCCUCAAGUUCAAAUAGUUGUUGCUGAUUUUUAUAAAAUAUAUACCAACAAAUUUGUAUUGUUUAGUGUAGCAAAAGA